UAAGGGAGAGGCCCUGCUGUUUCUCAGGCAUGGCCGUGUCACUGCUGUGGGUUUGCGUGGGCCUCUGGCUACCAGCUCAGACUCAGGGAGCUCUGAUCAUCUCCAAGAGAAAUGCUCUGUCUCAGGAGGCCAAAGGAGAUGAGGGUGCCAGGUCUAUACAGAUGGUGGAAGUGUACAGCAUUACGGUGGACUGUACCGUGACAUCUCGUUUUGCUCACACUGUCAUGACCUCCAAGGUUCUGAAUAAAGGGAAGUCCUCACAGGAAGUCUUCUUCGAAGUGGAGCUGCCCAAGACUGCCUUUAUUACCAACUUCAGCAUGGAAAUUGAUGGUAAGCUCUACAUCAGCGAAGUGAAGGAGAAAGAAACAGCCAAAAAACAAUAUGAGAAAGCUGUUUCAUCAGGACAGACUGCAGGACUGGUUAGGGCCUCAGGAAGAAAAAUGGAGCAGUUUUCAGUGUCUGUCAACAUCGCAGCCAAAAGUAACGUGACUUUUACUCUGACCUAUGAGGAGCUCCUCCAGAGGAAACUGGGACAAUAUGAGGUUCUGAUCCGAGUUAAACCCAAGCAACCAGUCCAGGAGUUUCAGAUUGUGGCACACAUCUAUGAGCCACAGGGCAUUGCCUUUCUUGAGGCUUCUGGAACAUUCCUCUCCAAUGAGCUGUUCCCUCUGGUGCAGAAAACUGUCAUGGACACUAAGGCACACGUCUCCUUUUCAACAACACUGGACCAGCAGAGAACAUGUUCAGGAUGUGAACACACUUUGAUUGAAGGAGAUUUCAUCAUUGUGUAUGAUGUGAAACGCAAACGUGGCCUUGGUGAUGUUCAGAUGGCGAAUGGAUACUUUGUCCACUUCUUUGCACCUCCCGAUCUUCAGAGAGUCCCCAAAAAUGUCAUCUUUGUAAUUGAUAGGAGUGGCUCAAUGGAUGGAAGAAAGAUGGUUCAGACCCAUGAAGCUCUGCUUGCCAUUCUGAAAGAUCUCCACCAGCACGACCACUUUGCUCUCAUCCAGUUUGACUAUCAAAUUAUCUCAUGGAAGAAAACUCUUGUCAAGGCAACUCCACAAAAUGUGUCAGAAGCCAUGACCUAUGUAGAGAAAUUAUCUGCCAGAGGAGGCACCAACAUUAAUGAUGCCGUACUGAAGGCGGUGCACCUGCUGUUGAAAGACCGAAAGAAAAACAAGCUUCCAGACAGGAGUGUGGACAUGAUUAUUUUAUUGACUGACGGAAUGCCAAAUGAAGGAGUGUCAAACCUUGGGAAAAUCCAGGAGAAUGUACGCAAUGCUAUCAAUGGCAGCAUGUCUCUGUUCUGUCUUGGAUUUGGAAAUAAUGUGGAUUACUCUUUCCUUGAUGUCAUGAGCAAACAAAACAAAGGACUUGCCCGCAGAAUCUAUGAAGCUUCAGAUGCAACACUUCAACUCCAGGGUUUCUAUGAUGAAGUGGCCAGCCCUCUGCUCUCAGAUGUGGACCUGCGUUACCCUGACAACACAGUGGACGUUUUGACCACCAACCACUUCAACCAGCUGUUUAAUGGCUCAGAGAUUGUGGUCGCUGGUCAGAUGAGGGACAGUGACAUGAACAACUUGGCGGUGGAAGUAUUUGCCAAGGGGCCGGAAGAGGACUUCCAGGUUCACGGACAUGCCAGUGCUAUGGACUGGGAUGUAAUCUACCCAGAUGAGAAUUACAUUUUUGGGAAUUUCACAGAGCGCCUGUGGGCCUACCUCACAAUCCAACAGCUACUGGAGAAGAGUAACACUGGUACUCAAUUGGAGAAAGCCAGUGCUACAGCCAAAGGCCUGGACAUGUCCCUGCGAUACAGCUUUGUCACCCCUCUAACCUCCAUGGUGGUCACCAAACCUGAAACUGAUGGCACAGACAGCUCUCUCAUUGCUGAUAAACUGACUGAAGCACAGCGACAAAGAGCAGAAGCAGUGCAAUUGAUAGUACUGCAAAGGAGACCACCCAUAGCUCGACUUAAAGGUCCCUCGGCCCAUGCUCCCAGGUCCCAUGCUCAGCCAGCUGUGGAUGGAGAUCCUCAUUUCAUGAUUGAACUGCCAGACAGUGAUGACGCACUUUGUUUCAACAUCAAUGACAAACCAGGAACCAUUUUUAACCUGGUCAGAGAACCAAAAUCAGGAUUUUUUGUGAAUGGCCAGAUUAUUGGGAAAAAGGUUGUUGCAUCAGAUGGAAAUGUCAACACUUACUUUGGCCGUUAUGGAAUCAUUCACAAGUCUCAUGGGGUGAGAAUGGAGGUCAGCACUCAGGACAUCUCAGUGUGGCAGGACAGCAAACAGAUUAAGCUGCUGUGGUCCAAUACUGCGUCCAUCAAUGGAACAGACAUGAACCUGAAGUUGACAGAGAACUGCAGCCUGAUAGUCACUUUGAGACACUCAGUCAAAUUCCUCAUUGUUCGACACACAAAAGUGUGGAAAAGACACCAUGACCAACAGCACUACCUGGGUUUCUACACACUGCACAGUCACCACUUGGCCCGUGGUGUUCAUGGCCUGCUCGGUCAGUUUUAUCACGGUGUGGCAUUUGAAGUCACAGACCUGCAUCCAACAGAAACCUCAGAGCAACCGGAUGCCACCAUGCACGUGAAAGGUCAAACACUAACUGUGACCAGACAUUGGCAGAAGGACUUCAGCAGGGACUUGAAAAAUGGAGAAAGUGUUCACUGCUGGUUUGUCUGCAAUAACGGGACGGGUCUCAUCGACGGACGUGCCUCUGACUACAUAGUGUCAAGCCUUUUUGAGACUGAGUUUUGCUGAUUGGCUCCAGAUGUGAGGGGCUCAGGCGGGUGUCCGGGACUGGGGCCCCGCCGCAGUCCGC